AUGGAGUUUCUUCCAAAGUAUCUGAAUGAGCUUUCAGAUACUGCAAGAGGUAAACGUUUAUCAGCGUAUCGCAAACUCUCUGAGUUUUGCUCUAAUGAAACUCUUGGUGAGAUGGAAGAAUUUGAUCUACUUCGCUCUUGUCUACGGGGCUUUGAAGAUACUUCUGAACGUUGUCGUGAGUAUGCCAUUAUGAUAGUGACGCAAUUACUUCCGAGACAAAAGUCAUCUGUGCUUGACUGGGUACUACCAGCAAUUGUGACCAGAAUAGGUCUUUCGCCUGUUGUAGAAGAAAGUGAGGAGUUGCGUUUGUUGUUAUUGAAGCUUGCAGUGUUGUGUAUGGAGACUUUUCCUCAUGAGAUAGGUCCACGUAACUAUAUUGAUUUUUUUCAAGUUCUAUUGGAAAACUGUUUACGCGAUGCCUUUCCAGACCUUAAGAAAGAAGCAUGUCGAGCAUGUGUACGUCUAUGUGAAAUUGAACCUGUUCAAGUAAAACAUAUAACAUUACCACUCUCUAAAGUGGUUAAAAGUUGCCUUCUGCAUAAACACAGCUUAGUCCGAGUUGAGGCUGUUCGAACUCUAGCAGCGUUGAUUCAACGGGGUGCUGCAGAGAUUCUUUCAGAUGGAAGAGAUGAACCUGAAAACAGAACGACAACUAAUGUUCUUUUUGUUUUGGCUAAUGACCACGUUGAAACUGUUCGUUUGGCUGUUGUUCAGCUUCUUUCAGUAGCUCUUUUAGAUAUUAUUGAGCGUCAAGAACAACACCGUAGGUUACUCCCUCAUCUUCUAUUACUCAUGACAGAUCGCUUUGAUUCUGUCUCGGUAAAAGCUUGUGAGGUAUUAGAAAGUAUGGGAAAACUAUUUAUGAUAGAUAAUGAGGAUAAUUCUAUUGAUAUUUCAAAAAGGAGAGUGACCAUGAAAGACAUUGAAUGGUAUGGUGACGAAGAGUACCCAGAUAUGAAUCUCUCUACAGUUGAUACAAAGUUGUAUCAUGUUUUACAGAGACGUCCCUCUUUGGGUGCACGUUAUGUUGUGGCUGAGUCAUUACGUUCCUUUAUAGAGAGAAUUCUUGCUGAUGUAACCGCCAUUGAUUGGGUAAUUCCUUUUUCGUCUAAUAAUAGACGUGUUAUUGCUCUACGAAUACUAUGGAUGUGUAUUUAUCACGCAGAAAAAUCUGUGGUACAACUUGUUGAACACAUUUUGGGUGUCUUAUAUAAAUCUCUAAGAGAGGAUAAUCAAGAUGUUGUGCAAGAAUCUCUUAUAUGUUUGGAAAUACUUGGGAAGUUCCUAACGCCUGAUCAAUAUCUACCCUUUUUAAUAGCAAAAGACAAGGUGAAGGAAUCUGAUGAGGAUAGAACAGUAUUAAUUAACUCUCGAUCUAAAACGGUUGUGGUCUCUUCUGUAGCUGGUGGAACGACACCAACUCCAACUAUAUUCUCUACAGCAGCUGUUUCAGUAAAAUGCAGUAUUCUAGUAUCAUUUCGAUACCUUAUUAUGGGUUCUAGGAAUAUGCUCACUGCUUUACAGGCUACCCAAAUUGUAAAGGCAUUAACUUGUAAUGAUCUUUUAGAAAGUGAUUCUGAGGCACUUUUGUGUUCUCUUUUAGAAACAUUAGAUACUAUAGUAAUUGUUUUAGGUGAACGAGGUUUUGUACCAACUCCUAUGAAUCCGCUUCCAACUGAAGUAUUAGAAGAUUUGAGUCAGAGAACACUGGAUUCCAUUCUGUUUUAUGCACUUCUUCGCUUACGAUCAUCUGACUUCCCAUCUUUGCAAACGCAUGUUUCCCGUUGUAUCAAGGAUCUCUCUAAUGUUGUUACAGGUGAUGAAAAUGGAAUAUAUGAUCUUCAUAUUGGGAGAAUUUUGUUUAGAUAUGGAACGGAAAUGCCGGUAGGUGCAUUUGCUGAUCUUGUUUUAAAUUCCAAAGAUGUAAAAAAGUACGCUGAGCAGUUGUCUGGUCUUUUCCUCGUGAAACUUGCUGAUAUUGACUUUACAAAACGUGUUACCGAAGAAUUAAACUAUAUGCGUGUAUUGGAUCAGCUUCUCUGGCAAAAGGUACCUGUAUUUUCAGCAUCUCAACUAGAGGAGUUACUUAGAGUAAUUAUUCUUCCUUUGAGUACGUUUCGCCCGGGUGGGUCAGCACAUCUGUUUAGAAAAGUUGCUGUUAGCUGUUUAUGUGCUAUACUUGAAGACCAAAACCGAUGCUUACUUUUUAAAAAAUUUGAAGAUAAUGAAUUCGCUCUUUCUUCAAAUGUUGUAACAGCUUGGUGCAGUGCUUCUGAUGCAGAUGAUGCAGAAAUGAGACUUGUAUGUAUGACAGCUGCAGCGAAUAUCUCUCGUUUACCUCUUAAUAUGGGUAGUGCUAAUGAUAUUAUACAGUCAAUUUUGUUACGAUUUGAUGAUUCCAGUGAUCUUUUGCGAGCCAAGGCUGCUUCUGGGUUAUUGAAAAUUUUAGAAACUAAGGAAUCCGCUUCGCCUAUUGUUAUUGAUGGGAUUAUUGCACUUUUGGAACCUUUGGUUAAAAAAAUUCUUAUUCACCUUGAUGAUUCCGAAGAGAUGGUUGGAUUGAGGCCUAUAUUGGUUAAUGUCGCAAAAAAUAUUGCGAUAUUGUCACCCUCUCUUACUGCAGAUCUCAUUCGUGCAUCUCUUACUAAACAACAAGACGCCUCCUAUUGUGAAGAGGUACUGCAGUACAUAGAAUCCCUCUAA